AUGCGAUCUCGCGGCCUCACACACGCGGCGCCGCCUGCGAACUGCACACUCUCCCGAACGCGCAACCCUUCUUCCCAACGCCCACGCCCAAAGCCCAUACUGUAUGCGAGAGGGACGUCGGUCUGUGCGUCAACCCCUCUCCGCUCCUCGGCACCCCCGUCAAUGCGCACCUCCACUACUGCAACUACGAUACUGAUACGGCAGAGCGCUAGACUGUUGCAGUCCAGCCGCUCCCCGGUUCUGUUACCUCGCACGCCCUUCCGAAGCUAUUCGAAAAUUGGCACGGAUGCCACGGUUGUGGACACGCUGGUUGGGGCUGUCGGUAACACCCCGCUGAUACGAUUGAACAGAGUCAGCCAGGAGACGGGAUGCGACAUCUACGGGAAGGCAGAGUGGAUGAACCCUGGAGGUUCUGUCAAAGAUCGCGCCGCCCUAUAUGUUGUAAGAAACGCUGAGGAACUUGGGCUCUUGAAACCGGGUGGGACGGUUGUCGAAGGGACGGCAGGAAACACAGGGAUAGGAUUGGCGCACAUUUGCCGUUCCUUAGGUUACAACCUGGUCAUAUACAUGCCGAAUACGCAGAGUCAGGAAAAGAUUGACUUGCUGCGCAUGCUGGGAGCCGACGUUCGACCAGUGCCAGCAGUGCCCUUCACGGACCCCUCGAAUUACAAUCAUCAGGCACGGGAUUAUGCUGAAAGCGUAUCGAACGCCGUUUGGACGAACCAAUUUGACAACAUUGCGAACCGUCAAGCUCACAUCGAGACCACUGGUCCGGAGAUCUGGCGUCAAACGAAUGGUGGCCAACUUGAUGGCUUCACCUGCUCGACAGGCACAGGUGGCACUCUAGCCGGCAUUACACGUUUCCUCAAAGAGAAAUCGAAUGGACGCAUCAAAUGCUUUAUAGCGGAUCCCCCCGGCUCGGUUUUGUAUGCAUACAAAAAGCAGGGCGAGCUCGUGCGCACCGGAGAAUCGUCCAUUACGGAAGGGAUCGGUCAGGGAAGACUGACAGACAACCUCGCCCCCGACUGGGAUUUACUCGAUGAUGCCUUGCAUAUUCCUGAUUCGCAGACCAUCGCGAUGGUGUACAGGCUGUUGGAUGAGGAGGGCAUUUUUGUUGGGGCUAGUUCGGCACUCAAUGUUGUUGCUGCAGUGGAGAUGGCAAAAAAAAUGGGGCCGGGAAAGAAAAUCGCGACUGUCAUCUGCGAUGGAGCGUAUAGGUAUCAAUCACGCUUAUUCAGCAAAUCAUGGCUGGAAGGGAAGAAGUUGUUCCACCACAUCCCGGAGCGGCUUCAGAAGUACGUACUGUUAGCUUAAGACUUUCAGGCAGCAGGAGCAAGAGCAAAGAUUGGGAAAACCAAUGGUGGACAUUAAAAUGACAGGGUUAGGGGUUACAUUGACCAGAUUCCCGUCUCUGGCGCCGUGAGCAGUUCCGGCCAUAUGGAUCAGUUGAGCUGCGGAGGACUUCAAUUAGGCCACGAUUCGCGACCCCACCAAUGAUUUCAUAUUCGAUCCGAGCAUGAGUAGCAUAUGUAUGUAGCUUGCAUUGUAUUUAGCCAAAAAAAAGUAUACCAUCAGCGCAAAAAAGAUAUAUAUAGAACA